AAAAUUAUCUGGUGUGAUGCACCCUAUGGCCCGGUCCCUGGUCUCCUUUGCCUAUAUGAAUCACCCAAAUGGCCAUUUCUCACCCCUAUUCUUCGCAUCGGUCUGAAGCUUGCGUUUCUCAAAAUUUUCUCUCUAUUUGGUUUGGUUCAAAAUCAAAAUCUCUCACGGAUCCCUCUGCCAUUAUCUCCAAAGCUAGGUAAGAGAAAUGGGGCUGACAUUCACGAAGCUUUUCAGCCGGCUUUUUGCCAAGAAGGAGAUGCGAAUUUUGAUGGUGGGUCUUGAUGCAGCCGGUAAGACUACCAUCUUGUACAAGCUCAAGCUUGGAGAAAUUGUCACCACUAUUCCCACCAUUGGAUUUAAUGUGGAGACUGUGGAAUAUAAGAACAUCAGUUUCACUGUGUGGGAUGUUGGUGGUCAGGACAAGAUUCGUCCCUUGUGGAGGCAUUACUUUCAGAAUACACAGGGUCUCAUCUUCGUGGUUGACAGCAACGACAGAGACCGUGUUGUUGAAGCUAGGGAUGAAUUACAUAGAAUGUUGAAUGAGGAUGAGCUGAGAGAUGCAGUGUUGCUUGUAUUUGCAAACAAGCAGGAUCUUCCAAAUGCAAUGAAUGCUGCUGAAAUUACUGAUAAGCUUGGCCUUCAUUCCCUUCGACAGCGUCACUGGUACAUCCAGAGUACCUGUGCAACCUCCGGAGAGGGGCUUUAUGAGGGUCUGGAUUGGCUUUCCAACAACAUAGCUAACAAGUCCUGAAGCCGUUAAGAAGAUUUUUGCAAUAUGGGACAUUCUGGAUGCAGGGGUGAAUAUUAUCUAGUUUAUUAUUAUUAUUAUUAUUCUCCAUUUCUCAUUUAAGACAGUUGGAUUGUUAUGCUUUUUCCUUUUGGUGAUGAGCAUUUUAGUUAUAGGAACUUAUUAUGGCUAUAUUGUAACUAAAAACUGGUUGGUUAUUCCUUUUGGAUGCAAUGCUUCUGACUGUAAUCAAAA